CACAAGCGCAUCAUCACCUCAGCCAUCUAAGCCAGCAACAUCUCAGCCACCAUCACCCCACAACAUCAGCCCCAUUAAGCCAUACAAGCACACCAUACUAUCACCAUCACAUGUCGCCAUAUUCGAAACUAGAUUUAGACUAUCCGAAACUGCCAUCCGAGCAUAAACGACAAUUGGACGAAUUCCGUCUUGAAAUACAAAGAAGGGAUCAAGAAAUAUUGGCGAUGGCGGCCAAAAUGAAAACGUUAGAAGAGCAACAUCAGGACUAUCAGCGGCACAUAGCGGUUCUCAAGGAGUCGCUAUGUGCCAAGGAGGAGCACUACAAUAUGUUGCAGACUGAUGUUGAGGAGUUGCGCGCCCGCCUGGAGGAGAAGAACCGCCUAAUUGAGAAGAAGACGCAGGGCACACUACAAACGGUGCAAGAACGGAAUCGCCUGACUAGUGAACUCACCGAAUUGAAGGAUCACAUGGAGAUUAAGGAUCGCAAAAUCAACGUGUUACAGCGAAAGAUUGAGAAUCUUGAGGAUCUGCUUAAAGAGAAGGAUAAUCAGGUGGAUAUGGCGCGUGCACGUCUAUCGGCAAUGCAGGCUCAUCACAGUAGCUCUGAGGGCGCUCUCACAAGUCUCGAAGAGGCCAUUGGUGAUAAAGAGAAACAAAUGGCCCAACUGCGAGAACAGCGAGAUCGUGCCGAACAUGAAAAGCAAGAGGAGCGCGAAUUACAUGAGCGUGAAAUUGCCGAUUAUAAAAUCAAGUUGCGCGCACUCGAAAGUGAAGUGGAGAAAUUGAAUACACGCCUGGAGCGUGCCGUCACCGAACGCGAACGUCUCGAAAUCAAAUUGGAAGCAUCACAAAGCGAAUUGGGCAAAUCGAAGGCGGAAUUGGAGAAGGCCACCUGCGAGAUGGGACGCAGCAAUGCCGAUUGGGAGUCGACCAAACAACGUAUCGCACGCCUCGAAUUGGAGAAUGAGCGCUUGAAACACGAUCUGGAACGUUCACAGAUGCAGCUAGAAGAACAGACCACACUACAUAAAUCUGUACAAAAAUUAAUGCUCGAAUCGGGACGUUUAUCGACCACAUUCGGCCGCACAACAAUGACAACUUCACAGGAACUGGAUCGGGCACAAGAGCGCGCCGACAAGGCAGCUGCGGAACUGAGACGAACACAGGCUGAGCUGCGCGUCACACAGUCGGAUGCAGAACGUGCUCGUGAAGAGGCGACAGCGUUGCAGGAGAAGCUCGAGAAGAGUCAAGGCGAAGUGUAUCGACUCAAGGCGAAGCUCGAGAAUGCACAAGGUGAACAGGAGAGUUUGCGUCAAGAACUGGAGAAGGCGCAGAGCGGCGUUUCACGCAUACAUGCCGAUCGUGACCGGGCCUUCUCGGAAGUGGAGAAGAUGAAGGAGGAAAUGGAACGCACGCAGGCCACACUGGGCAAGGCACAACUGCAACAAGAGAAGCUGCAGAAUUCAUUGGAUAAAGCUCAGAAUGAGGUCGAUCACUUGCAGGAGAAACUCGACAAAUCGGUCGCUGAAAACCGCCGUUUGGUGCUCGAAAAGGAGAAGCUCACCUACGACUACGACAACUUGCAGUCGCAGCUGGACAAGGCGCUGGGACAGGCGGCGCGCAUGCAAAAGGAACGCGAAACACUCACACUCGACACGGAUCGCAUACGCGAGAAGUUGGAGAAGACGCAGAUGCAACUAGCACGCGUGCAAAAGGAGCGGGAUCAGUUCUCGGAUGAGUUGGAAACACUCAAAGAGCGCUCCGAAUCAUCGCAAACCUUACUGAUGAAGGCGGCGCGCGACAGAGAGGCCAUGCAAACCGAUUUGGAAGUGCUUAAGGAGCGCUACGAAAAGUCGCACGCCAUACAACAGAAACUGCAGAUGGAGCGUGAUGAUGCCGUCACUGAAGUGGAGAUACUUAAAGAGAAGUUGGAUAAAGCACUCUACGCUAGUCAGAAACUCAUCGACGAGAAGGACACCUCGAAUAAGGAGUUCGAGAAGAUGCUGGAAAAAUACGAUCGCGCACAGAAUGAGAUUUAUCGAUUGCAGUCGCGCUGUGACACUGCCGAAGCGGAUCGCGCCCGCCUGGAGGUCGAAGCGGAACGUUCUUCUUUGGCCGCGUCCAAGGCGCGCGAAGAUCUGCGCAAAUUGCAGGAGGAGAGUACACGUCUGCAGGAGGCCUGCGAUCGUGCCGCUUUGCAAUUGAGCAGAGCCAAAGAGAGUGAGGACAAUGCACGUGUCGAACUUGAUCAUAAUCGUGAACGUUUCGAUAAGUUACAAACGGAUUUGCGUCGUUCACAAGGCGAAAAGGAACAUUUACAAUCGGAGCUGGAACGUGUCACGUACGAAUUGGAGCGUGCACAUGCCGCACAAACCAAAGCCAGCGCCAGUGUGGAGGCCGCUAAGGAAGAAGCUGCGCAUUAUGCCGUUGAGUUGGAGAAGAUGCGCGAUCGCUAUGAGAAGAGUCAGGUAGAGUUGCGUAAACUCCAGGACACCGAUACAUUUGGACGUGAGACCCGCCGCCUUAAGGAGGAGAAUGAGCGCCUCCGUGAGAAACUUGACAAAACCCUUAUGGAAUUGGAGACCAUACGUGGCAAGUCGCAAUAUGAGUCCGAAUCGUUUGAGAAAUAUAAAGACAAGUAUGAGAAAAUUGAGAAUGAAAUACAGAAUAUGGAAUCCAAACUGCAUGAGACCACCCUACAACUUGAAUUGUCCAAGGGCGAGGUUGCUAAGCUACUGGCCAAUCAAGAGAAACAGCGUAGCGAAUUGGAGCGGGCGCAUAUUGAACGCGAGAAGGCACGUGACAAGCACGAGAAACUGCUGAAGGAGGUGGAGCGAUUGCGUCUGCAGCAACAGUCGGCCAUCAGCCCUGGCGAUUCGGUGCGCGCAUCUAUGUCGGCGGGCGAGCGUCAAGAGAUCGAUCGAUUACGCGAUCGUCUUGAGAAGGCGCUACAGUCGCGCGAUGCCACCGAACUGGAAGCGGGCCGUCUCGCCAAGGAGUUGGAGAAGGCGCAGAUGCAUUUAGCCAAACAGCAGGAAGCGAACGAAUCGACGCGCAUCGAAUUCGAACGCAUGUCUGCCGAACUCGGCCGCCUGCACGAUCGUCUCGAGAAGGCAGAGGCCGAGAAGGAGUCACUACGCCAAUCGGGCCGCAAUGGCGCAGACAAACCGCAUCCACAACUCGAAAAGCACAUGCAGAAAUUGGAAGCCGAUUGCAAGCAAUUAGCCAUAGAACGCGAGCAGCUGGUGCUGCAAUUGGAGAAGAGUCAAGAGAUAUUGAUGAAUUUCCAAAAGGAGCUGCAAAAUGCCGAAACGGAAUUGCAGAAGGCGCGUGAAGAGAAUCGCAAGCUACGCAACGGUCAUCCAGUGGCGCCAGCAGCACCCGCAGAAAUACAAGCCAUGCAACAGGAAAUCCAAAUGUUACAGCAAAAGUUGCAAGAAUCAGACAAAGCGCUGCAGGCGGCUAGUGCUGUUGCCGGCGCGAGUGGCGCCAAUCGUGAGGAGGUCGAGCAGUGGCGUAAGGUGCUCGAGGUGGAGAAGAGUCGCGCCGAAAUGGCCGACAAAGCCGCACAAGAAAUGCAUAAACGCAUACAAUUGAUGGACCAACACAUCAAGGAACAACACCAACAAAUGCAGAAGAUGCAACAACAGAUAGCACAACAGCAGCAACAACAGCAGCAGCAACAACAACAAACCUCCGGUAAUGCUCAAGAAGUCACGAAGGAGCUGGAGAAGGUGAAAGGGGAACUGCAAGCUGCCUGCACGGAGCGCGAUCGCUUCCAGCAACAACUGGAAUUGCUGGUGCAGGAGCUGGAGAAGAGCCAGUUAUCGAAUCAGGAACAAGCGAAGCAACUGCAGACUGCGCAGCAGCAGGUACAACAACUGCAACAGCAAGUGCAGAUGCUGCAACAACAAGUACAACAGCUGCAACAGUCAGGCAAUGCCGGCGCGGCCGCCACCGAUGUUCAGCGCCAACAAUUGGAGCAACAACAAAAACAAUUGGAAGAGGUGCGGAAACAGAUCGACAACCAAGCCAAGGCUACGGAGAGCGAGCGCAAGAUCAUCGAAGAGCAGCGCAAGCAGAUCGAGGCCAAGCGUAAGGAUAUCGAAGAGAAAGAGAAGAAAAUGACCGAUUUCGAUGUGCAGUUGCGCAAGCGAAAGGAGCAAAUGGAUCAGCUGGAGAAAUCGCUGCAGACACAGGGUGGCGGUGCGGCCGCAGCCGGUGAACUCAAUAAGAAGCUCAUGGACACGCAGCGACAGUUGGAAGCCUGCAUCAAAGAACUACAAAGCACCAAAGAGGAGCACAAAAAGGCCACCACCGAAUGCGAACGAUUGCUGCAAUUGGUGCAAAUGUCGCAGGAGGAACAGAAUGCGAAGGAGAAAACCAUUAUGGACUUACAACAAGCCUUAAAGAUCGCUCAAGCAAAAGUGAAACAAGCACAAACGCAGCAGCAACAAGAUGCUGGACCAGCUGGAUUCUUGAAGAGCUUCUUCUAAAGCGCAUUAUUGGAAAACAACAAGAUGCUAAGAAGCAACGAGAGCAACAACAAGCACUUUUCAUUAAUACAUUGUACAUUUGACUAACAGUAACCUCAGUAUUGAUUUCAUUAUAAUAAUGAGCAAUGAACAAUGGACAUGAGAUAUGAAUGUAUUGGAAAUCUUUUUUUACUAAACUUUUUGCUGAUUGCUGUCUUUUUCUAAUCAUUGUUUUUUUUUCUAACAAAAUAUGCAAAUUAAUGUUUAAUAUCGUGAAUUACCUGCUGUACUCAUUAUUCUUCAUAACUACUAACUACUUGCCACUAAUCUACACACCUUAACAAGCAAAACAAAAAAAACAAGAAAACAAAAAACAACAAGCGAACAUAGCCACAUACAUACUACAUACCACAGGAAGCAGCUCCGUUGGAUGGCAAACAAUGUGGAACGUGGAACUAUUGGACUGUGGGAUAGUGGGAUUGCUGGAUAGUUGGAUUGUUUAGCGCCCAUUGCCUCACGCUCUCUCUCUCUCUGUCUCCCUGUACAGAAAACUCCCAACGCAUUACUGUUACCAUAAACGUGUACGAGCAUGUAUGAACUUGUAUAGUUUAGUGAAUGGCAUGUGAUGCUUAAACACGGAAGGAUGCUUGCAUGGAAGGAAAAUAUGCGGGUUUAGCAGAGAAAUGCAAAAGGGAAAAUAAAAUUUACAAUUCGCAAAUGCGUUGAUUUGGCAAAAUAAGAAUGCAAUUUUUUGGUGAGGACACAAAUGUCGCAGAACUAUAGAAAAUUAAUACAAAAAAAAACAAAAAAAUAAUAAAAUACAAAAAUAAAAACUAAAACAUGUAAAAGCAAAGCAUAAAGAAUUAUGAGUGUGUGUUUAGCCGAGACGAGUAGGAGUUGCGAAAAACCAAACACAAGUGUAGCAAAAUAGACGUGACAGCUAGAGAAAAUAUAUAAUAAAUAUUAGGAAAUUCAAGUAAAAUUAAAUGAAAACAAAAUAAAUGCAAAAUAUUUAAUAUAUAAACUGUAUCCAGAGUUAUAGUUAGAUUAUUGAAAGAAGGUGAAUGCAAAUAAAUAAAAUUAAAUAAAUAAAUAAAUAAAUAAUGUAAAUACUAGAACAAAUUGUAGCAAACAAGAAAGCAAAGCAACAACAACCUUUAUUUCAAAUGAUUUAACUAACAUAGAAAUAUACAAAUAUAAAAAAUUUA